AUGGGGGGCAUGGAGGCGUCGUCGGCUGCGUGGUGGGGCAGUAAGAUCAGCGCGAUCUUCAUUCUGAUGGCUGUGGGCGCGUUUGGGGCGUGGAUUCCUCUGGCUCUGCGAAGAUGCAAGCUGGACAAAGUCAUCGCCAUUCUGAACACGUUCGCUGGAGGGGCGUUUCUCGGGCUUUCUGUCUUCCACAUCAUGCCUGAGGCGGCGGAAGACAUUGAGAAGGCGAAUGUGCUUUUGGACGUCGGAGGAGGAAACCACUUCAACUUGGCCUAUGUCUUCCUCUUCCUUGGCUAUCUCGCCAUCCUUGUCUGCGAGCGCAUUCUUACCGUCGAUGACGCCCACGGCUCCCACACAGCGGGAACGAUAAGCGAAGAUGUGCCCGGGGCACAAGCGGAGCGCGGGAGCGACGCUACUCUGUGCUGCUUGCAUACCGCAGGCGGAAAUGUGGAGCUUGAGAAUGUUGCGACACAAGCAGAGGAGCGGACAGGCGACAGCUGCGUGAAGGGUCGCGCAGCUUUGUGUCGCGCUCCCAGCAGAGACAUCACAGAGAGCCCAACAGAGCCUCACAGCGUGGUAGUCGCGCUGGGCGGUGCGGGAGAGGGGAGAGCGAGGGUCACCAACGGCGCGGAAGAACUCGCGUCUGGAGGCGGAGAGGGGACCGGUGGUGAGAUGAGCAAAGCCUGCGCUGUGGAGAUGGACCGGCCUGGCGAUAAGAAAGAUAGCGCCGCCGAAGGCAACGCAGUGGAAAACAGGCAGAAGUGUCGCGCGGUGACUGCGGGAGGAGACGAGGAAGACUGCUUGGUCGAAGUGGCGCAAGGAACGACCAAGGAGGAAGAAGGUCGCGCGACUUGCUUCUGCUUCACAAAAAAGUCUGAAUUUGAUGGAGCGUCCUUCUUCUUGAUGAUUGCGCUCGCCAUACAUGGGCUCUUCGAAGGCAUGAUUGUUGGAUCAGAGAUGAAUCUGAUUUCUGUUUGGGUCAUCACGAGUGUUAUCGCGGCCCACAAGUGGGCAGAGUCACUCAUGCUCAUGUCCCAGUUCAUCGAGCGUGGCCUGGAUCCCCGGUGGUAUUGGACUCUUAUGGGUGUCUUUGUCGCCUCCUCGCCGGUCGGAAUUUUGAUUGGCCUCGGUCUGAGUAACGAGGGAGUUGUGGCUUCAGGCGUCUGCAAUGCGCUGGGCGCAGGGACGCUCCUCUAUGUCGCGGCAGAGACUUCCGCAGCCGUCUUCGUAGGAUCGCGCAAAGAGCGCGUCAUCCAACUCCUCGUGUACUGCUUGGGGGCGGCGAUGGUUCUUGGCCUGACGCUUCUGGAUUUGACACUGGAGAGCUCUGUGGCUGGCAGCUCAUCCUUGGAAGAGAUCUCGGCGCCUGCGCUGUAG